AUGACCUCUGAACCAUUGAAGCACGUCGUAUUCGUUCCCGGUCCCUCUUGGGGCCACCUGCGUCCUGCUUUGAAGACCUCACUCCGGAUGGUCGAGAAAUUUCCAUAUCUAUUCAUUUCUUUGUUCGUGUAUGGCAAGGAAGUACCAAGAGCUAUAAACUAUCUUGAAGCCCAACCUUCGACAUGUUCGCAUCGAGUUAAAGUUGUUGAGACUACUUUGGGUGGCGAGGAGCCGCCAGUCAUCUCUCUUACCAACAUACUCGACCUCUAUCUCUACCUAGAAAAAUCUUUCGAGCUAUGGAUAACUCAAGAGCUACAGCGCUCGGUCGAUAUUCCGAUUGACAACCAAUUUGUCGGCCAACCGAGUUGGAUCAUAGAAGACCAACAAAAUGGAGGUGUAUCUCUAGCAUCCAAGCAUAUCCAUAAUCUCUCGGUAGUAUCGUGGUGGUCGACGACGGCAGUAUCGCUAAUUGUCCGACACGGGAACAAAGAGAAUGGUCAUGGUGGAAGAGUGCUUGAGGCUAUUACUCAAAAGCAAGAUUAUUCAUUUGAUAAAACUGGUGAAAUGUACUUGCAGGAAGUCACCGAUCGGCUAGUAGAUAUGCCGGGUAUUCCGAUUCACCAUGAGUGGGAGGCUAUCCCUCAGUAUAUCCCUUCUAUUCUAUCGGUUUGCGCGCUUUUGAAUGGUCGUUGGACAAACAUGAUAAAAAACGUUGAUAUGGUUAUCUGUUGUGCAACAGUCGAAAUAGCACCCAUCUCUGCCGCUGCUCUCUCCGGAGCAUUCGAUAAACCCAUGACGCCAUUCUUUAUCGGACCCUCCGUAGAUCUAAAGACUGCACCAAAUCGUACCGAUUCCGAUUCCACGAUUAUGCAGUUCCUAGACAAGGCAUACACGGAAAAAGGACCUCAUUCGGUGAUCUAUGUUGCUUUUGGAACUUUCUUUUUCCCUCCUCCAGGCUCGAUAACUCACCUUACAACAAUCCUUGACGAAAUCACGCGCUUUGGGUUGCGGUUCGUUUUGGCACUCUCAAACCGGAGCGCUAUACUCGAUGAAUCUUGGAUGAAUGCGCAUGUCCAAGCUGGGAAUGCGAUAUUCCCAUCCUGGGCGAACCAAACGGCAGUUCUUGACCACCCUUCGAUCCAUUAUUUCUUAUCACACGGUGGAUGGAAUUCAUCUACCGAGGCACUCGUACGAGGCGUACCGAUCAUAUUUUGGCCGUUUGCUUCUGAUCAGCCCACAAACGCGGUGCAGAUAGCCACCUUGCACGACUGCGGAUUCGAGCUUUUGCAAGUUCGCACUGGCCCCGCCAGAUCCAAAGCCUACCAAAACGGUCGAGAGGUCGAGAUAGUGGGGACGGACGACGCCGUGGGUAAAGAGAUUAUAGAGAUACUGCAGCUUAGCAAGGGGCCUAUGGGCGAGCAUCAGCGGAGAAAUGCCAGGUUAUUGGGUCGGGUCAUUGCCGAUUCUCUCGAACGAGGUGGGAGUGGGGAUUUGAAUCUAGAGAAACUCGGCAGAGCCUUGGGUUUAGUAUGA